ACAUUUCCCAGAAGCCUCUUGAGUGCGGCUUUGUUUUUCAGCACCUGAGGCCGCAGGACCGGUCCAGCUACCAAGCGGGUGGCGCCUUUGCCGAGCGAAAUAGAGGCACAUGGUCCCUCCCUGACCUCUCUUGUGCUGAAAAGGGGCGGUGGCGGCAGGGUGGCAGGUUCCCAGGCGACUAGCGGUGCCCAGUGGUCCUGACCUGCUGCUGAAUGCCUGUCCCCGAGGAGGAGAAGCUGCUGCCGCUCACGCAGAAAUGGCCCCGGACGAGCAAGUUCCUACUGUCCGGCUGCGCGGCAACCGUGGCCGAGCUAGCAACCUUUCCCCUCGAUCUUACAAAAACCCGACUCCAGAUGCAAGGAGAAGCUGCCCUUGCUAGGUUGGGAGAUGGUGCAGUGGGAUCCGCCCCUUACAGGGGCAUGGUGCGCACGGCCCUGGGAAUUGUCCAGGAGGAAGGCUUCCUAAAGUUGUGGCAAGGAGUGACGCCCGCCAUUUACAGACACGUAGUGUACUCUGGAGGUCGGAUGGUCACCUAUGAACAUCUCCGGGAAGUUGUGUUUGGCAAAAGUGAAGAUAAGCAUUAUCCCCUCUGGAAAUCGGUCAUUGGAGGGAUGAUAGCUGGUGUCAUCGGACAGUUUUUAGCCAACCCCACUGAUCUUGUGAAGGUCCAGAUGCAAAUGGAAGGGAAACGUAGACUGGAAGGGAAACCCUUAAGAUUCCGUGGAGUACAUCAUGCUUUUGCAAAAAUCUUAGCUGAAGGAGGAAUCCGAGGGCUUUGGGCAGGCUGGAUACCCAAUAUUCAGAGAGCAGCCCUUGUGAACAUGGGAGAUUUAACCACUUACGACACAGUAAAACACUACCUGGUAUUGAACACACCGCUUGAAGACAAUAUCUCCACUCAUGGCUUAUCCAGUUUGUGUUCUGGACUUGUGGCUUCUAUUCUGGGAACACCAGCCGAUGUCAUCAAAAGCCGAAUAAUGAACCAACCUCGAGACAAACAAGGAAGAGGACUUUUGUAUAAGUCAUCAACUGACUGCUUGGUCCAGGCUGUUCAAGGGGAAGGCUUCCUGAGUCUGUACAAAGGCUUUCUACCCUCCUGGCUGAGAAUGACCCCUUGGUCAAUGGUGUUCUGGCUCACUUAUGAAAAAAUCAGAGAGAUGAGUGGAGUCAGUCCAUUCUAAGCCCUUAAAGCUAGAGUGCUCCUUGUCCAUGAACAGGAGCAUCUGCAACACACGCCCCUGUUAUUUCUACCUCUCUAGGAAGAUACUUUACUCCACAGAGACUGCGAUUUUCAGGGGGCAGCACUUUAUCUCUCUAUGGAAACCUGAGUUCUCUUUGACUCCUCCUUUUAUCUGAGAGCAAUGUGUCUGGUCCCAUCUCUCAAGACAGCCACUGAGACACAGCAAGGUAUUUGCUAAAGAACGGAACCCAAACCACUUUGAUCCUGGGCCAGGAGGUUUGGACUUUGAGCUGCUGAUCUGUGCAGAAGCGUCUACCUUAGAGGAGUACCAGAGGGAGCCAGCAUCUCGGACCUGGAUAGACACAGACGGCAGCGAUGUGGAAGACUGUAGUGCUUAGGAAACAUUUAACCUUCGUGCCAGUAUUUAUUGUUGCGGUUUGACAACUCGCUUUUCUGUUAGUAGAAUGCACAUAUUGUAAUCUACACAGAGGCAAAUGAGAAGUCACAAAUAAACAUCUUGAGUUUUCCUAGUGCUGAAAGAAGUCGCUUUAGCUUUUCAUGCAAGGAAGAUGGAAAGAUAAAAGAGGCAGCUUGCUGUGAUGUUGGAUUGCAAGGAAAGAGGCUCUUGCUGCUGGGUCCACCUUUGCAGGUGUGCUCACUAGUUGCUGCUCCUUUAUGCAUGCUAGAGGCUAGUGAGAUCCCCUGACAGCCACAGUCUGUCAGUGACAGCAGAACGCUUGCUGUGUAACACAUUCCAUUACAGUCCACAUUUAUUUAUAGCUCUGAGAAGCAUAACCAAGGGAACCACAAUAUAUUUGCCUGAGAAAUAGCUCCCAGGGUGUUCUUAGGGAGCGCCUCAUACAGUCAACUUUUCAGGGAUGUUUUGGGAGUAAGCUCACUCUUCCUGUGUCUCCCUCUAACCACGCCUCUGUUACAGGGGGCGUGGGUGGGGAGCAGAGAGAGCUCGAGAGCUCAGAUACCAUGACACUUUUAGAAACCUGAGUGUUAAUCAUUGUGAGUCAUACUCAUCCUUGCCUAUGGUGUGGCAAGUGUUCACCAUCUGUGGUUCAUGAUAAUCUCCCCAGUCGCUGUACCCAGUCCUUUUCUCUCGUUCUAGAAAGGUUUCUCUAGAUUCACCUGUACACACCUGCUCCCCCCAGCCUCAGACACAGGGCAUUUUGGGAUAGACGGCUACAGCUUAGGGGUAAUGGCUAGGGAUAUUACUAGAAAAACUCUGACCACUCAGGCCCAAGGUAGAUCUCCGAGCCAACCAAAUAGCUGUCGUGAUGAGCAGAUGCUUGUGUGUAGAAUCAGCUUCCCCAGUGCUGCGUGAAUGAGCGGAUGGAGAAGAAUCACUGCCAUUUCAAAGGAGGAAGCACACUUUUAAAGACCCUUCAAUGUGAGUAACCAUCUCAUUUUUCUACCUACAGAAGGUGGAGUUAGAUCCCUGUACGUCUUCAGGUUGCCCACCUUUCCUUUCCGUUGCAUUUGUCAACCUGCAAUUGAGUUGCUAAAUACAUAUGUAGCCUAUAUUAUUAUGUUUCAGUCCCCAAGUAUUCUGCUCCACAAACUGAAUCCACUCUGGGGAAAUUUUGUUUUUUCUAUGUUUUCUAAUGUUUAUGACUAAGUAAAACUGGAAUCAAAUAAUUACAUGCAAACUCGACUAUU